AUGGCUGAUCUCUCAGACAAUAGUUUCACAGGUGUAAUUCCCGAAUCACUAGGUAACUUAGAGUACCUUGAGGUUCUGAACUUGGAGCUGAAUAAUUUUAUCAGCGAUUCAUCAUUGAGCUUCCUUACAUCAUUAACAAACUGUAGGAAACUAAGAGCACUCCGGUUUAAUGAGAAUGCAUUGGAUGGGGCCUUAUCGGCAUCUGUUGGUAAUUUCUCAAACUCGCUGCAAAAUUUUCAAGGACAUGGCUGUAAGCUAAAGGGCGUCAUUCCUCGAGAAAUUGGUAAUCUUACAGGAGUGAUAUAUAUGAGUUUGUAUAAGAAUAAGUUGACUGGACAUAUUCCAAAUACUGUCCAAGACAUGUUAAACCUUCAAGAAUUUUAUCUACAAAGCAACGAGAUUGAAGGAACCAUACCAAAUGUUUUAUGCAGUUUAAAGGAUCUUGGUGCAUUAGACUUGUCAGGAAAUCAUAUUUCUGGUUUGGUACCCUCAUGCUUAGGGAAUGUUACUAGUUUGAGGAAACUUAAUCUAGCUUACAACAGGCUGAAUUCUAGAUUACCUGCAAACUUGGGGAACCUUCAAGACCUCAUAGAAUUCAAUGUUUCAUCCAAUUCGUUAAGCGGCCAUAUUCCUCUGGAGUUGGGAAAUUUAAAGGCAGUGACACUCAUUGAUUUAUCAAAAAAUGAUUUUUCUGGUAAAAUUCCUAGCACUUUAGGGGGUCUAGCUGAAUUGACGGAUCUUUUUCUAACACAUAAUAGAUUAGAUGAGGCUAUUCCAGAUUCAUUUGGCAAAAUGUUGUCACUGGAAUACUUGGAUUUGUCCUAUAACAAUAUUAGUGGUGAAAUUCCAAAUUCAUUAGAAGCUCUUGUGUAUCUCAAAUACAUGAAUUUCUCAUUCAAUAAACUCAGUGGAGAAAUUCCCACUGGUGGUCCAUUUAAAAAUGUCACCAGUCAAUCUUUCCUAUCCAAUGAUGCACUCUGUGGUGACUCCUGGAUUAAUGUAAAACCAUGUCAAAGCAAGUCAACAGAGAAGCCAAGAGGAAAGAGAGUGCUUAUCGGUUUAUAUACAUUGUUAGGGAUUGGAUCACUCCUUGUGUUGGCCGUUGCAUAUGUGGUGUUAAGAUUGAGAAAGACAAAGAAGAAUGCAAGUCAAGCAGAUGUGCCUUUGGUAAAAGAGCAUGAAAGGAUUUCCUAUUAUGAACUUGAACAUGCAACAGAAGGAUUUGAUGAAAGCAACUUGCUUGGUACAGGGAGUUUUAGCAUGGUCUACAAAGGGAUACUUAAGGAUGGUACUCUUUUGGCAGUAAAGGUAUUCAAUGUGCAAUUGGAGGGUGCUUUCAAAAGUUUUGACACAGAAUGUGGGAUACUCCGGAACCUUCGCCACAGAAAUCUGACCAAAGUCAUAACGAGCUGCUCCAACCUUGAUUUCAAGGCCCUAGUGUUGGAAUACAUGCCCAAUGGGACACUUGAUAAAUGGUUAUAUUCUCACAACUUGUUCUUGAACUUAUUGCAGAGAUUAGAUAUAAUGAUAGAUGUUGCAUCUGCAAUGGACUAUCUCCACAAUGGCUAUUCAACACUUGUGGUGCAUUGUGACUUGAAGCCAAGCAAUGUCUUGCUAGAUCAAGAAAUGGUUGGUCAUGUCAGUGAUUUUGGCAUUGCAAAAUUGUUAGAUGCAGGGGAGACUUUCGUUCAAACAAGAACAAUUGCAACCAUCGGAUAUAUUGCUCCAGAGUAUGGACAAGAUGGAAUAGUAUCCACGAGUUGUGAUGUUUAUAGUUUUGGCAUCCUAAUGAUGGAGACGUUCACAAGAAGAAGACCAAGUGAUGAAAUAUUUACAGGAGAAUUGAGCCUACAACGUUGGGUUAGUGAUUCUUUCCCAAGUGGAAUUCAUAAGGUGGUGGAUUACUAUUUAGUGCAGCCAGGGGAUGAACAAAUUGAUGCAAAGAUGCAAUGUUUGUUAUCUAUCAUGGAAUUAGCUUUGAACUGCACUUUAGUGGCACCUGAUGCAAGAAUUAGCAUGAAAGAUGCUCUUUCAACACUGAAAAAGAUUAGGCUACAUCUUGUCAAUAAUCGGCCAUAG